AAUUACGAAUUUGAUCCUAAAUAUUUCGAGUUAAUUAAACGCCUUAAUAACAGUCCACGUGCUACUGCUGACGUAAGGGUCGUCAGCAGUAAUACGACAACUCAUAGGGGCGUGGACAACAUCCAAUACCAGUCCAAAUGAAAUAAAAAGCACCACACAACGAUACUUUGUUGUGCCUUGGUAUUUUACUUAUUUUUUCGGAGCAUUUCUCACGCACACAUCGAAGGCCCAAGACUCUCGCAAGGGGAAUAAUAUUUGCGAAUUUCUACGCCCUAAAUGUGCCAAUUAAUAACGGACCCUACACGUAAUCCCCUAAUUGGAACCCACGAACUAUCCCCAGUCAGCAGCUGAGCCAAUUUAAGGAGCAGAUGAACCUCCAGGACGUUCCCCAGCACUCCCCCACCCAGAAUUCUUAGCCGAGAGCGCAUCACGUGGUCACCCACCCCAAACCCCCACACCCUCCCCCCUCAAAAAAAAAAAAAUAAAAGAAAGAGCAAUCCUCUCACGCAAACAAACGCAAAUAUCACACAAGAGAGGCACCCGAAAUUAGCAAUAAUCUCGUCGAGAGCGAAAUUCAAGCAACAAAAAUUUAUAUAAAAGUAUUAACAACAAAAAAAGUACAACAAUGAAAGAGACCGAAAACAAAAUGGCCGUCAGGUGUAGAAAUUUGUGUGGACGUGUUGAGUUUAAUUCCCAAAACUUUCUGCCAUUUUAUACCCCAUUGCAUUUGCAUUAUAGACUGCUCGAAUUUCCCACACAUCGGAUGUGUAAAUAUGCGUCUGCAUUGUAUAUGUAUAUACACCAAAUAUAUACAUACAUGGUGAUAUGAUAGACGCCAACAAAAUGGCGCCAGUCCAGAAUGGCGACGAUUUUAUUUGUAACUCUGCCCUGUAACAAUACUUUCCCGACUUCGUUCGAUACUCGAUCGGCAUUGAACUUGGGACCCUCGAAGCCCCAAGCGAUAUUAUCAACAGCAAGGAGACAUCCAUACGGUCAGUGUUGAAAAACAAGUGUUCCAAGAAGUUGGGAAAAGUGGGUAGUGUUUAUUUGAACGCAACGUAAAACCAAAUGCUUUCAAAGAUGUAUUGGAUCUUAUUUACCUUAUAGCAACUAGAAUCACUUUAUUAGUAUUGUUUGGUUUAGUUAAUUGAGGGCCAGAUAAUCCAUUUAAAAAGAAAUAAAAACCCUUUUUAUAUUACACCAACUAUGUUGACUAACACUCCUCUGAACGCAACUAUCUGAGUUGUCAAUUUACAAAUCUUAUAAGUCACAUACAUUAAUGUUUAUCAUAAAGAUCAAUUGAGGGUUAGAGCCCUCAUAAAUAUUAAUCGAGCCCCAGUUUCAAUUAAAACUCCCCACGGCUGUCAAUUCGAGCUGCUCAAUGUAACAUAAUUUCUAUAGUUAUAGGGCUAUUAUUCUUAUCAUAGUUUUUAGGCAACCAAAAAGUAAUACAAGUGCCUCCCAGAAGCAUUCCAAGUGGCUUAAUUAGUCGAAAAGCGGUCUGCUCGAGUUGCAUGUGUCGCAAGUUAACCGCAUAGUUACACCGAUUAGACAUUUAAUCAAAUUUGACCCCAAUAAUUGGCAUUCUGCAUUCAGCUUUUGGCCGCACCACUUCUCGUACACCUCGUUUGCAUCCGAAUCCGAGAGAUUGGACGGGCGACAGCCUCCAUUAAAAUGCCCCACUAACUGCAUUCCAAGAAUUUACAAGUCAAAGAUCGAAUGUGCGCCGCUCAAACGAUAGUGUCCCGCCCCCUUGUCCGCCCGGCCGCCUUAACCCCCUCGAGCCCCCUGGUGUCCAUCAUCAUCAUCAAUAGCCAGAUGCAUUGUGUUUUCGAGCGGAGACUGUGGGUCCAGGGCCACCGCCAGCGAUCAGCAGACAACAAAGACUCAAAUUGAAUAAAUAAAGCGCAAGAUUUAUGCAUACGAAAUUAAUAAAUUGAAAUAUAUGUACAAUAAGUAUUAGGCGCCAACAAUGAGCUGAACUGCAUCGGGCAUUUAAUUUUUAAUGCCCACCCAUUUCCCGACUGCGUUUAUCAGUGGGCCACGGCCCGAAAAGCGGAAAACCCGAAACCGAAACCGAAAAACAACAGGGGAGAUUAACAUUAACACACGCACAGCUACAGUGCGAGAAACCAGAUAUGAAUUAUGUGCGAUAAGAGCGAAGUGCAUUGGUGUCAAAAAACAAGAAUGGAACGGUUAGGGCUCGCAGCUCGCCGCUGCACCGCACACUGGAAUACCCUGGGUGAUCUAUGUGUGUUGCAGGUGCUGAUGGAUUUAUGAUCAGGGAUGGCUGAGCUCACUAGUUUCCGCAUGAGCACGAGCUGAUGCAGUGCUAAAAACCAGGAUAAUGGCGGUUCAGGGACGUAUCAUAUCAUUUCUAAUAACAAAGAUUACCUUAAGGCUCAUCCCCAAUAUUGAUCCAUCGAUCUUACGAACCAAUAAAUUAUUUAUAUAUUCAUUUAUUAGAGAUGAUGGUAAAGUUUGCUAACAUAAAUGUAAGUACGAGCUACGAAUUAUAUCAAAUUGUCCAGAUUAGUGUUUUAAGGACUUUUAUUACGGUUGCAAUGAUUAUGAUGAACGAUUAUUUAACAAUUGUUCCUUGCUUACGAUUGUUACAGAUUGGUAUAGGGGUCAGAUACGCAUGAUGUUGGGGUCAAGAAGAAGGUCACGUCUGAGUGGUGAGGUGAGUGAGUGAGGUCACCUAGUCGGAGUCCUGUGUAAUUGAUUUGGUCGAUUCUACUGAGUUCUUCUUGUAUUCUUUUAGUAAGGUUUGCUGUGUGGGUGUUGUUUGUGUUGAUGUUUUCGUACCAUGCGUUGUUGCAUUUGUUUAUUAAGGUUCUGUUUUCUUUUUGUAAUUGUUGCUUUAGGAGCUUCAAUCGCUGCCAAGGAGACAUAGCCAAUUGCAAAUUUUCCUCUUCUAUUAGUUACUAUUUUUAUUGCGGCGAGGACUGCGAUUGAUUCUGCUGUCAGGAUAUAUGAGUAGCAUGGUUUCAGUUUUGGUGGUUUAGUAUUGUGUAGUUUCAUUGGGUUACAGGGUAGUCGAUUUUGGAUAUCAGUAUGGAUUUUGUUAUGUUCAGUAGGCUGAUUGUGUUACAGUUAAUUUAAGGGCUGACGUGCCAUUUUAUAAUAUUAAGUUGAGGGAGUUCAUGUGUGUGUUCCAGGUUAAAGAAAACUCCGAUCUGAAGUAUGUGAAGGAUUUAAAUCUUAGAAUUACUCAAUUCAGUUUAAGGGUUAUGCCCCGUUUUAUAUAGAGUAUUCCAAAUAAAAGCACAGAUCGGGGUGAUGAAAUGCACGGCGGAGUGUCGGUGGUGCAUCGUGCAGCGCCAAAGUGGUCGGGUGCAUAUAAUAUGAGUACUAUGCUAUAUAAGCCAGACCAGGUCUGAUCAGCCGGCGUCUGCGUCGGCUGAGGCAGCAGCAGCGGCAGCGGCGGCGGCGGCGACUGCGACAAGUUUUAUGAAUGAACGAGUGCAACUGCAACUUCAACGAAAGGAGACGGGUGGAAACGGCUUGUGAAUGGCAAGCGCAAGAUCGAACUAUUGUAAUUACUACGAGAUUAUGCAAAAUGCAUAUGCAAUUAGUGGCAACUUCCCCUCCUCUCCCUCAUCUUUCGACUUGUGAGUCAUGGGGCAACUGGUUUGACUUGACUGGCGGCCUGAGAACCUAAAAAGUGAGCACUGAAUGCUGAACACCGAACAUGCCGAGAACAAGUACAACUGUGAGUUCUCGUACUGGCAGUCAGUACUCCAAUAUGAACUCAUAUGAUUGGAAUUUCUGUGCCGUUGCCGAUGAUGAUGACGAACCACCAACCAGUCGCACAGAAGCUCUAGAAGAUUGUGCAAUUGUGCCCCAACCUGUUUGCCACUUUGUAGCACCGAGUAUUCUUCAAUCUCGAGAUGCAGAUGCAGAUGCACAUGCACUUGCUUCGAAUCGAGUCGAAUCGAAUCGAGUUGAAUCGAAUCGAAUGGAAUCCACAGCCAUUGUCCCUCGUUUGUCCAACAUGCACAUUCCAUUCUUUGAAAAGCGAUCAAUGCCAAGUCAAUAAUGAAACGAUGCCGAUCCGUUUGCUGGCGGAGAAGAAUAUAAAUUUCUGGCCUAUCAGUUGGCUUCGUAAAAGAGGGUACCGAAGCACUGAUAAUAAUGUCGCCUGCGAGAAUUCCUUUAGCGGCAUUUAGGGCCACUUAAUUAUGACCCCCCCGCGUGCCCUUCCCAUCCCCUUCCCCUUCCCCUUCCAUCUCUCGCUUGAAAAGCAAAGAAGAGCCCAAUCCUAAAUUCCUGGAAUUUUGACUUGGUCUCUUGUUAAAUAACCAACUGCUGUAUUUGUUCAUGUCGCUGGCCCUUCACUCGGAGAAAAUGUGGCAUGCUUUUUGGGAAAUGCACUGUGAAAUGCAUUUUUCAAAUGGUUAUCGAUUAAGGUUGAAAAGGACGUUCAAUUCCAAGGCGAUGGAUUAUUAUUUCAUAAGUUUUCCCUACAUAAAUAAUUAUUCGAAAAUUCUUCAUACAAGUUCUUCCCAUUUAUUAAAGUGUUCACCCACUCCAACUCUGCUUGGUUGUGGGGUUACUCUGCGUUUCUUAUAGCCUGGCCUAUGAUGAUUGUCCACGAAAUUGGCAAGGCGAAGAGGUGCUUCAACAUCAUAAUCCACGAUCCGGAGAUGGCUGAUGAGAACGAGGCUCAGGGAGACUUGGACUUGGUUCGAUGAACCAAUUAGAUCAAACAACUUACACCACUCCGCAACACACACCUCUCCUGGGUGCAACAAUACAACAACUGAGGAGAAGACUGCGAGAACAACAAAAAAGAAUUCUUUACGAGCCUCGCUCCGGUGCACGGUCAUCAAGUCAGCUCGUUCAACAUUCAAGAGGCAUCGAUGAUAAUAUUCAUUCAUUUGAUCAAACCGCCGACGAUGUCGAGGACGGUGAUGCAGACGACGAUGGAGACGACUUUCAUUAUGGGCCUGGGUCUCCAGACCCCGUCCCAGUAGUCCCCCCAUCGCCGCGCCCAUCCGAGCUCCAUCACCAUCCACCUCCGUCUACUGGGAGGCCGCCCAAACGCAGUCCAAAACCAAGUCAGGAACGGUGGGGAAGUACAAAAACAUAUUGCCAAAGUAGCAGCAACAGGCAAAGCAACUACGGCAACAUCAUCGACCAACAACAGCAACACGAGAAAUCUCAACAGCAGCAUUAUGCAUCAUUACACUGAGAGAAACAAAAGGCAAGCUGUAAGUGUAAGACCAAACAGCCCUAUAUUUGAGAUCCGGAAUUAUUUAAAGCGUAUAAAAAUAAAUAAUGAGCUCUACUACUCUACUGAUAACACUCAAAAUUGCACUCAAUCGACACAUUCACUUAUAGGUCUCAAAAUCGAUGGGAAAAAGGAAUAUGUUGAACGGGUGGUGGCGGUGGCGGCGUUCGCUUGUAGCACGGCUCAAAACUGCUGUCCGUUGUCCGCUUGUCCGUUUGUCCGCCGUCCGUCGAUCGUCCGCUCACACAUACAGCACACCAGGGCACGGACACACCUCCACACACACAGCACACGCACCCAGAAUGCAUGUGUAUGCAGACGAAGCCGAUACCUCUUUUUAAUGUAUUGCAAUUCCAAGAAUUUAGGAAGAGGAACGUGAGAAACUUUGUUUUUUGUUAUUUUCUUUUCUUUGCAUUUCAUUUCAAGAUACGAUGCCGAUCUCUGACUCCCUGCCCCGCCCCCGCCCCCUACUCCCUCGCCCACUGACGGUGUUUACGUCUCGAGCGUCCAGGCUUCGUGGCUUUGUCCGGCGGUGCUGAUAGCCUGGCUAUCAAAUCUAGCUGGUGUCCUUUAAAGCUUCUUCCAAGGAUUAAGGAUUUUAGAAUACCCAGUUAGAAACUGAGAAAUCCUGCCCUUGCAAUCUUGCUAAGCACACUUUCCGGUUUUUUGAGAAAAU